UUUUUUUUCCGCCGAAGCCGAGCGGGCGCUGCUAGCGGAGGCGCCAUAUUGGAAGGGACAAAACUCCGGCGACAGCGAGUGACACAAAUAAACCCUUGGACCCCCUCGCUCCCCCAGCUCUGAGGGCCGCGAUGUUGUACCUAGAGGACUAUCUGGAAAUGAUUGAGCAGCUGCCAAUGGACCUGCGGGACCGCUUCACCGAGAUGCGCGAGAUGGACCUGCAGGUGCAGAAUGCAAUGGAUCAGCUAGAACAAAGAGUCAGUGAAUUCUUCAUGAAUGCAAAGAAAAAUAAACCGGAGUGGAGAGAAGAGCAAAUGGCAUCCAUUAAAAAGGAUUACUAUAAAGCUUUGGAGGAUGCAGACGAGAAGGUACAGUUGGCAAACCAGAUAUAUGACUUGAGUUCAGUGUCUACUUUUUGGUUUCUUUGUGGAAGAGAGCCAGAGAGUCCACAGUCAGUAGUAGGUCAAGAACCUUAUAUUUUAGCCAAAUCUAUUGUAGCUGAUGUUAGGCUUUUUUUGUUUUUUUAACAAAAAUGGGUGUUUAUUAUACUAAUCCUUAUCUUCUUAAGGGAGUGUGCUUACUUGCCUGAUAAAUCAUCUUGAGAUUGUUUUUGUGACAAAAUACACGUAAGAGUACUAUGUUGAUAGUUCUUGGUAGUCUGAUUAAAAUGAAGAAGAGACUUAUUUCAAUCUGUGUUAAUGGAUAGCACUCAGCUGUCUAUUAAGUGACGUCAGUAGAUAGCACUCAGCAACUGGCACAGGUGGCAAAACUGGGAAACAUGAUUAAAUGAACUUUAAAAACAGGGUUUUUUACAGUAGCAGCAGCACUUCUUAAAGAUUGAAAUCACCAAGAAGACAGAUAUAUGCAAUAUUUCUCAAAUUGGUAUAAUUAUGGGUUUUUUUUAAUGUAACGCAUCUUCUCCCAAAGUAUAUACUUUAGGAAAUACUGAUUUCUGAUUCUCUCUCAAAGCAAGUUAAAGCUGAAGACAAAUGCUCACUUUUGAUUAACUUUAGCAUAUGGAUUCAUAUCUUAUUUUUGUAGUCUUGUGUGGAUACAGUUUUAUUACUGAAUAGAUACAUGUUAAUAUAAAUGUCAUUGGUGUGCAUGACACAGAUAAAAGGUACAUAUCCCAUUUGGUAUACAUUGUGAAUGCUAUACUAAACUAGAAAGCAUUUGUCAUGUAAAACCACAGAAAAUGCUUAAUUGUUUUUACAUAGUGAAAAUAUUUUAAUGGAUAUAAAGACCUAGACUCUUUUGCUCAUACAGUUAGUCUGAAAACAGUUUCAUUAAAGAUACUGACUAAAGGAGGGUAGAGUGGGCUGGUGGCUUGAUUUACUGUGGAACGAAAACCAAAAAAUGUUCUAAAUUGUUUUGGUCUUGAAUUAGGUCUAUAAACAUAGAGAAAGACAUUUAUGUUUGAAUCCAGGACUAAUUUGUUUAAAACAUUCUUUCUCAUAUGUAGUGACUAGGUGUCAAUCUUUAUUUAGAAACUACCUGCUUUUUAAAUCAUAUAGCUCUUUGGUUCCAAUCUUUUGUUUAUAUUUUACUUUACUACUUUUUACACCUUUAUUAAAAGUACUUCAUGCAUUUAGAAAAUAUAUAUAUAACAAAUAUAUGCUUUUUAAAUGUGUGUGUGUAUCCAUCUCUUGUUUACAAACCACACUCUUCAUCCACUGUGUACUUGGUGUAAUGGAGUUUUAUGUGGGUACAAUGGAGGAAUGAAGAGUAAAUGCUAUAAAUGCUCCUGUCCUCAAGGCGUCUUUUAACUAGUUGGGAAGACAUGCCCACAGAGACAUGCCCAUAAGUAAAGUGGAGAGCCUGUAUAGAAACAUGUUAACAAAUAAAGAUUAAUACAGUUGGGUAUUAAGGGGAUCUGGUAAAAGACUGACCUAAGUCAAGCAGAGUUACUGUUGAUUUCUUGGAGGGUAUGAGAUGAGUUUUGAACAGAAUUUAUUCAGAGCCUCGGGGGCCUGGAUUCAGGUAUUGUAUUGAGGGGAAAGCAUUUCACUCAGAGGUAAUGGAUAAACACAGAAUGAAAAUAAAAAUUAGUAACUUCUUUGAGGGAGAUAGGUUAUUUAGGCUAGAGAUUGAAGGAAUAACAAGUGAUGUAUUAAAUUUAAUAUAAUGUAACGAAUGUAAUAAAAAGCAAGGACCCAUAAUGGAUUCUUGCAGACGUGAGUUCAGCUACUUCACUGACAGUAAGACUUUGGAAAAGUUAUUUAAUCCUGGAACCUCAGUUUCCUUAUCUGUAAAAUAGCAGUAUUAAUUUGUGCCUUAAAGGAAGAUUUGAAUCAAUCUCUCUCUCUCUCUUUUUCGACAGAGAUAUAGAGACAAAUAUAGAUACAUCUAUACACAUAUGUCUAUAUCUGUCUCUGUAUAUCUCUUAUCUAUAUCUGUGUGUGCGCGCGCGCACGCACACACACACACACACGCACACACAACACACACACACACACACACAGUGCUCGUAGCUUGGCAGAUAGUAGGCACUCGCUCUUUAAAAAAACUCACUUCAUCUCAUUUCUCUAUCAAAUUUUCUACUUUCCUGAAGCCACUGCUUCCCUUUCAGCUCUGCCAAGUUAAACCUGUUUUUUUUUUCCAUAGUCCCCCAUUACUUAUUUCUAAGACUGCCUUUUGUCUUUUCUCUACUCUUUCCUAUCUCUGUCCCUUUCUUUCCCUCCCCUUUUCUUUUUGUUACUCCCCCCUUCUUCCUUUUUAAAGACUCCAUUGCUAUUCCAGGUGACCACGAUAUCCUUAAUAUAAAAUCCAUUCUUCUUGAGACUUUAUGUUAAUUUAUUAUAUUCCCGCCUUUGUGGCCUUUCUCAGUCUCCUUGGGUAUCACUCAGAGCGGUUGCUGUUCUGAAGGGUUCUGUCUUUGACCUGCAUUGUUUCUUACUCUGUUCAGUGGUUCGCAUGUAAAGGUAGUUUUCUUCUCAUCUUCAGCCCCAACUCCAGAGGCUGAUGAGACCAAAUGCCACACGGUAAAGCACUGUUGUGAUGCCAGUUUUACCCCCUCCCCGCCACACUCACCACCCAAGCCGAGAAACAUUUCUCCAUUACUUUUCCAUGUGUGUGCUUAGUUUUAGCAAUUAUGCAAUAAUUAUUCUUCAAGCUCAAACUUCUCCUCUGAGUCUGUUCUUAUCUGAGAAUUCCUAGGCCCUGGAACUCAUUGUAUUAAGACUUAAGUCUUCUUGUUUUACUUCUUUCACUAGCAUCACUUCUCAUGAAUAAAUAAUUGUUAAAAUGUUAAAAUCAAUUAUGCACCCUCAUUAAAUUCCUAUAACAUUUAACAGGUGAGAGCUUAGAAGGCCCUGUGCUUCAGAGGUGAAUAGAUAGGAUAUAGUGUAAGCGUAAAAAUACAGUAAUUUUUAUUUAUAGAUCCUUUACCCAGUAAACAAUGGUACUUGUAUUUAUACAGUUCUACCUAGUGGGAGAGUAUAACUUUCACUCAUACAGCAAAUAUUUAUAGAUCUCCAACUAUGCGUGGUAACUGGUGCUGGAUGGGCAGUAAUGAUACAGACAGGCAAUGAAUAUAGGCAAACUAGAUUAUUGGAGAUUUUGGUAAGUGCUGUGAAGGAAAUAAACAUUGUGGAAAGAGGGGGAAAGAGUGAGUCACUGGGGGAGGCUUUAAGAGUCUACUAGUCAGGAUGAGUGUAGUCUAAGGAGGUGACACCUGAGGCAGUACUUGGAAAGCGAGAAAGAGCACAGCCAUGUGACAGGCUUAAGGAAGAACAUUUCAGGCAGGUGAUGGACCAAGUGCAGUGUCUGAGGUGCAGUGUCUGAGUCUCCUUGGGUAGACUGACAGGUUGCACCAGGAAAGAGGCCAGUGUGCUUGGUGUGUUGUGGGAAAGAAGAGGGUGUGAGCGGGGCAGGCAGAGGGCGGCACGCGCAGGCCUAAAAGCUGAUGAAGCAGUGUUUUUAGUCUAAGAGCAGGGGGAGGCCAGUGAAAGAUGUUAAACAGAGGAGUGGGACACACCUUAGAGGACAUUGUAUGUAUGGCUUUGCUUAAACAUUAUAUUAUUAUGGAAAUGUCAAGUAAGCAGGUAUUAUUGUUACAGGUUUUGAGAUACAGCAAUUGAGUAUAUAAUUGUGUUUGAUUUUGCCCCUCAAUGUUUUCUAUAGCACAGUAUUUAAUUGUAUUAUUUUUCAUUAAAAUAUUUUAUUUACUUUUAAAAUCAAUAGUAAGCUUUCUAUUCCUGUGACCAGCACUGUACUGACUACCUCAUUUAUUAAGGAAAAAAAUCAGACUGCAUAAAUAUCCACAAAUGAAGAAAUUUGUGGAACUAGGGGUUCAUUGGAAUGAACCGACGCUUUAUUUAAGAGGGUUUAGUGAAAUUUGACUAA